AUGGCUGACAGUGAAAACGAAUGUAAGGUCUACGUUGGUUCUUUAAAGUUUGAGACGGACGAAGAACGGCUCAAAGAUUAUUUUAGCACGAUUGGAGCCGUUGUAAAAGGUAAGCUUACGCUCUUUUGAAUGUCUCUCGUUUUUUCUUUUACAUCUAAACCCAAAGCUUAUUCAUGUUGCCUAAAACUGACCUUUGAAAGUAACACGUGUAUCGUGUUGUAAAAAGGAUGAAUCUUUAUUUGUUUGAUCGUUAAAUGUGUGGUAAUCGUACUUUUCUUGAAAUCGAUGAAACGACACGUUUUUUGACAUGAAUUUCAUAUUUCGGAAGCACGCGGUCGUAAUGUCGGUCAAAAUGUGUCAGGCAUCCAAUUAAACGGACCUCUUCCGAAAGGAUUUUAUCGUCAUCCAUGCAUCUUUUGGUAAAAAUUGCCAAUCGACUAAACAAAUGGAUUAUUGAGUUGUAGUAGAUAUUUUAUAAAUUGGAUAAAGUAAGAGUAAUUUCCUUGUAAUACAUUGCGCAUCCUUUCCGUGCGUAAUACUCAGGGGGGAGUAGCAUUGACCAGCAUCGACUCAUUGACAAACUAACAACUUUUUCUAUGGUUGGGGAGCUUGCUAUGAUGCAAAUGGUGAAUCCUUGGAAUAUGUGGAUGUGGUUUUGGAUGGAUGCUAUAAAUGUGAUGGUGAUUUGUUUUCAAAAAGAGGCUGGAAGAGUGGUACCUGAUGCGAUGAAAAGAACUAAUGGUGUGUCCCUCUGAAAGAACUUUCUCUUGUAACAAUUUUCGUUGGGAUAAAACUUCCUAAACUUACUUUUAUGUCAAAAAUGGUCUUAAAACUUUCCUCCCCUUAUUUUAGCAACCUUUGUCCUAUUUUAUCUCAGAAAGGCCUUGUUAGUGUCUUAGUUCUUCUAAUCUCUUCAUAACCUCUGCUUGUAGUAUCUUCAAAGUGAUUGGCACAAACACUAGUUUCUUUUUUCAGCAACAUGAUGGUGAAACAGUUUUCCAUUAGAGUGGUGCAUGUCAUCUACUCUUUUCAAUCGAUGUUAUGAAAUGCUUUCAUAGUCCUACUCGAAAUUACCUCUUUUACUUUGGAAUCAUUUAGCAUAAAUAGUUCAUGUUUCUAAGAGACUUGAUUUUGGUACUUAAUUAUCAUCUUUUUGGGAAAAAUUAUAUACCAUCAACAGCCUAUGCUUCUUUUGACACACCUGUUGAGGACCUCAAAAGUGACCUCAUCCUCUAUUUGUUCAGAACCAUGUGUCCGUUGAUAAGGAAAAAGAUCAGUUAAAAUCUUGGACCACUUAUGUACUCUAAUUGAGGAAGUUAAUAAAGUGGCACAUGAGAGCCAUAUUAGCCUGUGGUGGGAACUAGAUCUGUUUUUAAGCAAAAGAAUAAGGAAGUUAUUGAAGUAGAUUUCCUUGAAGCACACAGAACUUAUCAGUCAAACAUAUUUAGAAUCUGCAUGGAACCAAAGGAUAAACUGACAAGCAGAGCCAUCAUUUGGCCAGAUUUGUAUAGGUGUGGUCAAAUGGAAGAUAACUUCUUUUUUUUGCUAUCCUUUUGACAGGAAGUAACAGUAUGCAAAGUUUCAUUGGUUGUCUAAUGUAGUCUAUUUGUUUGUUUCCAGAAUUCCAGUGUCUUGUCAUCCAUGGAUUAUGUAUUUUUCAUGUCAGAUAAUAUGAACUGAGGCACUGUUUUUUGGAGUUUCUCCCCUCUCACUCCCUAGAACUCAUUAGUAGUUCUCCUUACUGUCUGCUACACAAUUCCUAUGAUGUUAUUUUGGAGAAAUUGGUAUUGAAUCAACAAAUAAUUCUCUAAUUGAUAUUUUCCUUACUCUCCUCACUUCUCUGUUUGAUUUUGUUUUGACACUGUAAGGAGAAAUUCUGUCUUAAUCACUCAUGGGAGUUAAGGGGAGAAUAAUUUUCUAAGCAUGUCCAUCAGAAAACUGUCUACAAGGAUUUGUUUCUAUUAUUUCUACAGCUGAAGUCAUAAGGGAUUGGGACACUGGAAGAUCAAGAGGGUUUGGUUUUGUCACCUUUGACAACAGUUCAUCAGUACCAGAAGCAUGUGAUAGGCUUAAUGAUACGGUAAGAAUCUGAUAUACUCAAGUCUAUCACAAAAGUGUUUUCUCAGCUGAGAAAUAUAAAUAACCUGUUGUGUUUCUAAUGGCAUUGUCAACGAUGCUGCCUCUUAUAGGCACUCUAAUAUAGGACAGUACAUAUAUUUUGAUGAGGUGUUUACAAUAAGCCACUUUGCUAAAUUCCAUUUAAACAUGGAUUCAGGGAAUGAACCAAUUUGUGAUUGUUCUGUGCUAAGUUCUGCCCAUUUAUUCCUUCCUUUACAUAUCAUUUGUUUGUUCAUUUACUUUUUAUUCACUAUUUUUGUAUCUACUAUCAUUAUCUUACUUAAGGUCUACCACCUUUAAAGUUUAUACUUUUUUCGUUAUCAAAAGAGUGAGAUUUCUCUAAAUUUUACCCAUAUUUUAGGAAAUAUUGUGUUGACAUCUGAUAAGUUACACCAAAUAAUCUUGACUUUGUGUAUGCAUACUCAACGUGAAGCAAACUUGGUCCUGGAUAAAAUUGGUGCAUGCACUUUAAAUGUUUGAUUUUUCUACUGAGGUAUCAAUUUUAGGGGAAUCAGUUAGUGUCAAAUUUAAAUCAGGUGUUAGGAACUUUCCUGUCCUCAAGAAAAUGAUAUUUUGAAUCUGCAUAAUGUUUUUUAGCAAGCAGGUUACAGUUUGUUAGCCCAGCCAAACACUUGUGAGAGGAGAAUACAAUGAAGGUUAUAAACUAACACUCAAGACACUAAACCAAUGAAAGCUUAAGAAAAGCCUGAAAAAUUAUGGUGAUAGUAAUACGAGUGUCUCUGCUUAGAGGUCUUGUUAUUGAUAGCCAGGAAGUUUUUUAGUUCACGAGUUCAUGAUGGUUUUUAGCAAGCUGGUCACCAUAUCACAGUUUGCUAGCACAGCCAAACACUUGGUGAAGGAGAAUACAAUGUAGGCUACAAACUAACACUCAAGGCACUAAACCAACUAAAGCUUAAAAAGUUAUGAUGAUGGUAAUAUCAGUGUCUUGUCUAGAAGUCUUGUCAUCGAUAGCUGGGAAGUUUUUUAGUUCACAAAUGAUCUUUUUAUUCAUUCCAGUUAUGCAUGCUGGGUACUGAAUUAUGAAAUUUGAUUCUUGCAAUUAAUAAUAAACUCAGUAUAUGAUAGGCAAAUCAAUGAUGUAAUCAUUUAGGGUGGCAUUGACAUAGUGCCACAUCAAUAACAACAGUAGUGGGCAUUGGUCAGAAACAAAAUCUUUUGAUGAGUAAGAUUUUAUUAUAAUGCUUGUUUGACUGUGCUGAACACUGCAACAAAACAGUAACAUUAGUUCUAAUUUGUCUUCAAGGAACUUGAUGGCAGACUAAUCAAAGUACAUAAAGCAAACUCCCGUGGUGGAGGCGGCAGCUCUGAAGGGCGGACUAGAGGAGGCCGAGGAGGCAGAGGUGGAGGAUAUGGCAGAGGAAGACGUGGUGGUUUUGGUGGAGGUAAAUUCAUAAUGUAGAUGCAAACUUGCAUGAACCCACAUAUGACUGACCUUCAUAGAUCUACAUGGUUGUUUCUCUCUGGAAAGGAAAUGCCAGUUCUAUUUUGGGCAUCACAUUGUUAACCCAAAGAAAUGGUAACCUGCUCACUCCCAAGAUCUUCUGUCAAACUCAUUAUGGUCUUAAUCAAAUGAAUUUCCUCAGUUGAUAUUUUUCAUUAAGCCCAUUACCUGUCUGUUUUAUAGUGUAUUUUAACAUUCUCUAUCUGGCCUUGUUAUGUUUUUUACAGGACCCAGUUUAAAUAAACUGAACAUGCCAGCCUGUCUAAAUAUUGCAAAUAAAUUAAUAAAAUUUAGGACAGAUUGAGAGUCCAUUCUAGCAUUACCAUUAGAAUUUUAUUGGGUUUCCUGUUACUUACUUAUGUUCUGCUAGGGAUAGACUUUGAGAGUUAGGAGUCUUGACCAAGAGGGAGUGUGUCUGUUAGAUGUUCCCCUGAUUAUUUGGCUUAAAAAUUUAUUUACUUUGUUUCUUUGUUUCAUUUUCCAUUUAUUCAGUUUGGCUAAAAAUCUUACUUCAAGGCAGUUUUGCAAUUUUGUGUCCUCUCUUUUUAGCAACACAGUGUGCCUUCAGACUCACCAAAAUAUCACUUACAUGUAUACCAUAACAAAUGGCAUUAACAAGUACAACAAUUGGCAAGUUUCACAGUUGUUCAUUUAGCCAUAUUAACCAAGACAUUAAAAGUGGUUAAGCCAAUUUUAUGGGCUAUUGUUUCUCUUUGGUAGGUGGUGGAAACUAUGGAAGUGGGGCUUAUGGGGGCAGUGCAAACUAUGGACCAGGCUACACUGGUGGUGGUGGUGGUGGCAGUUCUGGAAACUACUACUAUGGUAGUGGCGGUGGUUAUGGUUAUUAAAAAGGACAUGACCACAGGUAAGGUAAAGAUCCAAUAUUACCUUGAUGAUAGAGAUGUAGUUGUUCUUCUUAGGCAUUAUAUCAUUGUAUAUAAUUAGGGAUGAUGUUCCUUAAUAACCCUGUGUGACUUGAUUUAGAAUAUUGCAUUUCUGCAAUAUUGCCAGGCUUCUUUUUAACAGGAGCAAGGCUGAGAGUUACCUCAUUAUACAUUGAAUGAAAAUAUGGCAGACUACUCGGUCAGCCUGGGUUAAGUUGUAAACCUACAAUCUUACUGUUUAUUAAUCAAAAUCAGUAAUGGUUCUGUUGGGUGAUGAUUUCAUGAUUCAAGCUGGGUUUUUUUUUCAUUCAUUUAGCAAAGGGGUGGGAUACAAUUUGCACAAACUUGAAUGACUCAAUUUCUUCUGUUUGUCCAUUUUCUAAAAGGCCAUCUGUUCUACUUCCGUGAUUCAACUAUGUUCCUGUCAGUCUGUUAUGCAUUGAUGUGCUGAGGUCCUAGAACAAGACAUAAAAAUUCAGUUUGCUGUCCUGAAACGUGAUGAAUGAUAAACCUCAGCUUAUGAUGUUCAGUGCUCUGAAGUUUCCUGUGUUAUUGUCCUGUGUGCUUACUACUAUGAAAACCUCAGCUAAUGAUGUUUGGCUCUCUGAUGUUCUGAUGAUCCAUUUAUUGUGCAGAAAUGGUUGCUUAUAUGAAGAGCAGAAAUUCAUACAUAUUUUAAGUUCUUGUUAGUUUAGUUUAAGAUGUUUAAACAAUUUUUUUUUCUAUGCUCACCUGUUCAAAAUAGUUGAAAAAUGAUCAUUGUACCUUAUUAAAAAGAAACAUCAACUGUGUUGUCACCACUACUGAAGGUCCACUUUCCAAUCCAAAGUGCCAUUUUUUAUUAUUUUAAUAUAUUCCUGGUCUUUCCUUGUAUCAUGAAUUACAGCUACAAACUCAAAAAGAGUGUCAAAAAAAUCAGCCUUGUUUUCCUUUAAACUCCAUGUGCGUUUGAAUAGAUAGUUUGUGUUUUUGUAGGCUUUUAGGAGGAUUUCUUUUUUUUUGGUACAUCAUUAUGGUAAUUAUAAUGUACCAUAGUAUUAUUAGAGCAGUCAAGUUAACUUGAGUCACUUGAUUUUGUUGUUGAUUUUCCUGGUACAUUAAAAUUAUCAUAUUUGAAUUACCUAUAGAUGGAGAUUGGAUUUGAGGAUAUCUAAGGGGGGAUGGGUUAGGUUUUCUUUGACCCAUAACCCUUUGUAGCCUAUCCUUGGCAUUCAUAUUCUCGUCACUGUUAACGUAACAUUUUUUCUGGAACUAACAAGGAGCAUUGGUUCGACAAUUGGUAGCUUCUUAAAUUGGUGAUCAUUUCCUUUAUUCGCGUAUGAAGAAUUUAAGAGUCGGUUAUUCUUAGGGGUUAAAAACCCAGUUAUUAUGGGUGGGUUUUUUUUUUUUUUUUUUUUUUUUUUUUUUCAGUUUCCACCUCUCAAUUUGUCCUGAAUCUGUUCCGUCAUACAUAUAAAAAGACUCGAUGGCAAGAACGUUGUCUUAGAAAAAAAGCCCCUUUAUAA